CCUCCCUCCCCUUCCCGCGCCGCCUCCGCCUCCUUCCUCUGCCUCCACCCUCACCCCUUCCCGUCGGUGCGGAGCUCCGCUCCGAGCAACGCUCAGCUCGCGACUGCUUGGAUGUGGGCUCGGGACAAGUGCUCCGCGCCUCCUCUCGAGAUGGACAGCCGCUACACCAGCGCCACGGGCAUCGGGGACUUGAACCAGCUGAGUGCAGCCAUCCCUGCCACACGCGUGGAGGUGUCGGUGUCCUGCAGAAAUCUUCUUGAUAGAGAUACGUUUUCUAAGUCUGACCCAAUUUGCGUCUUAUACACACAAGCAGUUGGAAAUAAAGAGUGGAGAGAGUUUGGAAGAACUGAAGUGAUUGAUAAUACCUUGAAUCCUGAUUUUGUAAGAAAGUUUAUUCUGGAUUAUUUCUUCGAAGAAAGAGAGAAUCUUCGUUUUGACUUAUAUGAUGUUGAUUCAAAGAGUCCCAACUUGUCCAAACAUGACUUUCUGGGACAAGUGUUUUGUACAUUGGGGGAGAUUGUUGGUUCACAGGGAAGUCGUCUGGAAAAGCCAAUAGUAGGAAUCCCAGGCAGGAAAUGUGGAACAAUCAUCCUAACGGCGGAGGAGCUAAACUGCUGCAGGGAUGCUGUCUUGAUGCAGUUCUGUGCAAACAAAUUGGAUAAGAAGGAUUUCUUUGGGAAGUCAGAUCCUUUCCUUGUAUUUUAUCGAAGCAAUGAGGAUGGAAGCUUUACAAUUUGUCACAAGACAGAAGUGGUCAAGAACACUCUAAAUCCUGUGUGGCAAGCCUUCAAGAUCUCAGUGAGAGCAUUAUGCAAUGGGGAUUAUGACAGAACAAUCAAGGUAGAAGUGUAUGACUGGGACCGAGACGGAAGUCAUGAUUUCAUUGGGGAAUUUACAACAAGCUAUCGGGAACUCGCAAGAGGACAGUCACAAUUCAACGUCUAUGAGGUGGUGAAUCCCAAAAAGAAAGGAAAAAAGAAAAAAUACACUAAUUCAGGAACAGUAACCUUAUUGUCCUUCUUGGUGGAAACAGAAGUCUCCUUCCUGGACUAUAUUAAAGGAGGAACGCAGAUCAACUUCACGGUGGCCAUUGAUUUUACAGCAUCAAAUGGAAACCCUGCCCAGCCAACUUCUCUGCACUAUAUGAACCCUUACCAACUGAACGCCUACGGAAUGGCACUGAAGGCUGUAGGAGAAAUUGUUCAAGAUUAUGACAGUGAUAAGAUGUUCCCAGCCCUGGGUUUUGGUGCAAAGCUGCCUCCAGAUGGAAGGAUAUCUCAUGAAUUUGCCUUGAAUGGCAACCCUCAGAAUCCUUACUGUGAUGGCAUUGAAGGUGUCAUGGAAGCUUAUUACAGAAGUCUGAAGUCUGUGCAGUUGUACGGGCCAACCAACUUUGCUCCUGUAAUAAACCACGUAGCGAGAUACGCAUCCUCUGUAAAAGAUGGCUCCCAGUACUUUGUGCUCCUCAUUGUGACGGACGGUGUCAUCUCGGAUAUGGCUCAGACUAAAGAAUCUAUAGUUCAUGCCUCAAAGCUUCCCAUGUCAAUAAUUAUAGUGGGUGUUGGACCUGCAGAAUUUGAUGCAAUGGUUGAAUUGGAUGGAGAUGAUGUCAGAGUUUCCUCCAGAGGGAAGUAUGCUGAAAGAGACAUUGUACAGUUUGUGCCAUUCAGGGAUUAUAUUGACAGAAGUGGAAACCACAUACUCAGCAUGGCUAGACUGGCCAAAGAUGUCUUGGCUGAGAUCCCCGAGCAGUUCCUCUCCUACAUGAGAGCCAGAGGAAUCAAGCCAUCACCUGCACCCCCGCCAUACACCCCUCCUACACACGUGCUGCAGACACAAAUCUGACCACGCCCAGAUGCUGAUGCCCCUCACAUGCCAGUCGGAACUGCUAAGCCUGUGCUUUGAUCCUGGUGCUCUGCUAUGAACCAGGGAAUGAGACACUUUCUCAAUUUGGUUUCAGCAGUACUGGAUAAUGUGCUUUCUUGGAUCCAAAAUUAAUUCUCUUCCUAAACCAAAACUGUAAAUAGGGUUGUUGCAUGAGCAACCGGGAAAUCAUUUAAAAUGCUUGAAGCAAAGUAGAGAUGUCUUCUCUAAUUUUUGAACAUUUUUGUUUUGGUCUCAACAGAAUAGUAAAUUCCCAAUGUAUUAUUGGGGAAAAGCACAAGCUACAUUUUUAACACAAAUGUCCUUGACUGCUACAUAUAUAGGCCAGCAGUCUCUGUGUCGAUGUUUACACGUUACUACUUUUUAAAUUUCAAUACUUUUAUAACUGUUCUUAAGAAUAAGUUUUAAAUAUUGAAUCCUUUGUCUUCUUAAUUGCAAUAGCUAUAAUCACAGGAGCAAUAUCUCUUUGAAUGACUGUCUGGACAUUCACAGUAUGAUUAAGGGAAGAGAAAGAAGUAGAAUCUACUUAGCAAAUAAUAUCCGUCAUCAGUUUUGGCCAAUAGUGGGAGUUUCAACUUUUAAACAGAUGUGGCCCUGUAAUAUGCAUUUUUUCAUGGACUUUGGGUUUAAAUUUAGACUGCAAUUUAUCUUUCGUAAUGCCAACUAGAAGCAAUGAACAAGCAAACAUUGCCAACUGUUAAUGCACAAAAUAUACUUUGUAUAAAAACCACCAUCCUUAUAACGCUAUCAUUUAAUGCGUUAAAAACAAGACUAUAUAACUCCAAACCAUGUAGCAGGUGUUUUGAACUUUGUAUUAAGUUGUAUCCUGUCUAGAUAUUUUGAUUCAAAGGGAUACUGGCUCUCUUGCUUGGGAUUUCCAUUCUUACCCUUCCACCUUGCCUUGGGGGUUGCACAGGCUGGAGUCUCUUGUGAAUUCUCAGUUCAAUGUACACAACCCUGUGACUCAGCACACAACACGUUUUGUGACAUAAACUCAUUCCUGUGCCCUGACCUGCCUGUUUGUAAAUUAACCCAUCUCUCUACCCUGACCUGCCUGCUCACAGAUCAAUUCUAAAUAGUUUUCAAUGUACAGUUUUUAUACGAACUACAGUUUUGUGAAGUUAUGUCUACAUUUCUUUAGAACAAAUGGCCUUAAAUUCUCACAGAAUUCCUGGAAAUGAUUGUGAAUUGCCUUUAAAAAUACAGAAGUGUGUAUUUAUUUGUUGUUGUUUUUGUGUCAACAGUGUGACUGCUUUCUAAUCUCUCUGCCUCCCCCUCUUUGCUACUUGGACUAUUCCUACUGUGUGUGCUCUUGGCACAACUUGACCUAUGGUGACUUUUAUAAGCAUGAAACUGUUUUAAUGGGAAAAAUGCAUAAUCCUCAUAGCUAACAGAGUCACAGUUACAUAACUGUGACGUAAAUUGUCCGUUUUUAAGUACCUAUUAAAUUAUUUAAAAGGA